AAUAACAAGAAGAUAGAAAAUUUCCAACAAUUGAAGAGUUGAAGUUAUCUCUACACAACUGAUUUUAAUUUGGUCCACACAAGCUUCACUUUUAGGGAUUUAUUCUUCUUGACUUUUUUGACUAUUCCUUGUCCCGCAAGUAUAUUCCUCUUCUUGUUAUAUCCUUUAAGCAACCUUUUUAUUUUUUCAUUUCCUUGGUUCCUUCUUCUUCUUCUCUCUCUCUGUUGUAAAGGUCUCAUCAAUCCACGGCUGAGAUGAAGCGAGAAGGCAAGCAGCACGGCAUGGUGAGGACUUACCGGGUUCUUCCUCCGUCACUGAACCCUAGGCCGGAAUCGAAGUUGGUCAACCCUUUGACUUCACGCCCUACCGCUGGAUUGUUUACCAAAGUGCCAUCAAAGCCGACCAAUCACUCCAAAUUCACGGGGAAAUGUGGUCAAGCGAGGUGCCUUGAGUGCCAUAUGCAUCCCAUCACCAAGUCCAAAGUGAAGACCAAAGGCUCUUCUAAGGUGAGAUCAAAUGAUGUCACCUACAAGAUGCUGACUUGGCAGGUCGCUGCGGGUGGUGCGGCCAGACCCGGUUUGAAGCUUUCCGGUUUCUCGGCUACCGGAAUCCUUGAUCUUAUGUCUGAUGAUUAUGGUUAUGAUCAUGAUUAUGAAUAUGAUGAUGAAGAAGAAGAAUAUGAUGAUGAUGAAAACAGAGGAAGUGCUGUUGUAGAAGAAAUUGUGAAAAUACAGAGUGAUGAUGAUGAUGGUGAUGCUGAAACAGAAGAAGAUAAAUCACGUGAUGAUGAUGAUGAAGAAAGGAUGAGUUUUUGUGAUGUUGGGAUGAUGAUGAUGAUGGAUCAUGUUGAAGAAUUUGAUGAAGAAGGAUGGUGUUUGGUUGAAGAAAUGAUGACUUAAUUGAUCAAUUUGAUUAUUAUCCCCCCAAUAAUUGUCUUUGCUUUUGCUUUUGUAAAUUUUAUCAGUUUUAAUAACUUUGGGGAUGAAUGAUUUUUAUCUUUGUAAUUCUGAUUUGAUUCUUAAAUCAAAAACUAUGAUUUAUAAUUGUAAUUUAUGUAAA